AUGGGAAGCAACAUCUCCUACCAGUGUUCCGACUGCGAAGUCCAGCUACCAGGCGCCAAGGGCAAGAUCAAAGGCCUGCAGUUUGACAACAAAUCACGCCGCUUUGCCAAUAUUCCCUAUUCCCUUCCACCAACUGGCGAGCGGAGAUGGCGUAAACCUCAGGCACUGCCCGAGUCGUACUCCUACUCAAGGCCCGAGGGCGGCCCCUUCGACGGCACAAAGUUCGGCCAGGUGUGUCUGCAGCCCAAUUACUCGGCUUCUGUGAAGAAGAACAUUCCACAGCAUGAAUACGGGGAAGACUGUCUGCGGUUGAACAUUUGGACCCCGGUUCCAAAGGAUGGAGAACCAACGCCCGCCAAAUGGCCCGUCAUGAUCUGGUUCCACGGAGGCUGGUUCCAGAUGGGCGACCCUAGCAAUGAGCCAUCGAUGGAUCCGACUGAGAUGAUUUCUACUGGCGGACUCAACGCUGUAUUUGUGGCGGUGGGAUACCGACUUAAUUUGUUUGGUUUCCUUGCCGGCGUCCCGUUGCGGGACGAGAGCCCCGAUGGAGCUGUAGGAAACUAUGGCCUUUGGGACCAACGUCUGGCAAUAGACUGGGUGUAUGAAAACAUCAGCGCCUUUGGCGGUGACCCGCGGAAUAUAACACUAUCUGGACGAAGCGCGGGUGCAUACGCGGUUCAGGCGCAGAUACUAUAUGACUUCCGAGGAAAUCUGCCCGAGUCUUCAAGGAACCGCUUCCGACGCCUAGUCAUGUACUCCAAUGCCAUUCCCGCGCAGCCCAAGACACCGGACGAGUGCCAGCCACAAUUCGACGAGCUGUGCGAAUACUUUAAGAUCCCCUCGGCAAGCUCAGGGCGCGAGAAACUUCGGCGUCUGCGUGAAAUCAACGCAAACGAUCUCUGCGGAGCCAUCAUGAAGCUUAAACACCAUACCUUCCGGCCUGUAACUGACUGCGUCUUCAUUCACCCAGACUUAUUCAAGUACUAUCGCGAUGGCUCGUUUGCGCGCGAGUUCAAGCGCCGUGGGCUACGCAUCCUCAUCGGCGAGGUCCUCAAUGAAGAGACCUUAUAUGCUGUGACCAAUGGCCCAGAAGCCAAUUUUGAAUCUCUUGAAGCCCAAGUAUCGAACUACUACUCUCCCGCCACUACUAGACGCCUCUUACAGUAUUAUACAUUACCUACCUCCACCGAAAAGAAGGACUGGGAAGCCGUCUUUGGACGAAUUAUCUCAGACGGUCAAGUCCGUGCGCCGUCACGAUUCCUCGUCAACAACUUGAUCGAGAAUGGCGUCAAUAUCAGUGACGUCUGGCGGUACAUGAUUGCCUACCGUUUCUCCUUUAUAACGGAAAAAGUGGCCCCCACUUCAUUUGGGGUUAGCCAUGCUAUGGAUCGGCCGUUCCAUAAUUACUCCCUCAUGCACGGUCCGACACCUGCAGAGCGCCAAUUCAUGCAUGCGUGGAUUCGUGACCUCGUGGCGUUUGUGAAUCACGAGUCGGAUUAUGUUUAUGGCACCGAGCAGGUGGACGAGGUCAAGGUUGCCACGCCUCAGGGCCGUAUAGAGAUUCAGAAAGAUUCCCGAUGGGCUGAGCUGCUGUCUCUGAUGGCUGUUUUUGCAGGGUAUUCCUAA